AUGUUCAUUUACCCGCUAGUCUCCGCCCAUUUCGUAAAAGUUUGUCAGUGCGAUCAAGAGUCCCGAAUCGCCGCGUCUGCUUUGGCAGAAGUGGCCACGCGGCUUCUGGUCACCGAGUCCCCGGGCCUCUGCUUCAACCAAACCCUCAUCGUCCCGUUCCAGGUAAGUUCUGUUCUUUCAUUCUCCGUGUUUCUAUUCCUCGAUGGUUUACAGUCUGCGUCGUGCUCCGAAAGCUGUUCGGAGGAAACGAAAGAGCAAUUGCUCUGUGCGCUGAGCCAGCUGGUGCUCACGCAAGCCGACAAAAUCGGGUCCGGAUGGAAGCCGCUGUUCGGAUCACUGAAAGCAGUGAGUGCCGCCCGAGACGAAAAGGUCCACUGGUGUGCCAUCGACGUCAUCUCCUCGUACCUGCGCAUCGACAGUCCGUCCGUUCUCUCGUUCAGCAUCCUCGAAUGCGUUCCGUGCGUCGUCAACUUGCUCCAAAACUCAGAAGACUCUUCGGAAGUCUCUUCAGCAGCGCUCCGUCUCCUUCCCAACAUUUACUCGUUGAUUCUUUAUCUCUACAAUAGUCCCCACAUUCCCAAUUAUCACUUAUUGCAUCGUUCGGAUCUGAGAUCAAAAUGUUUGGAUACGGUAGAAAUGGAGCAGGAUCCGAUUGAAGUCGGUCAUGGACCCUUCCCGUGGGUUGAUAAACAGACGUACGAGAUCGCCGCAGUCGAAUUGUUCCUGACUUUCAGUAAGUUUCUCUAUUUACUUCCUGUGUCAUCUCAUAGCUUCCCUUCAGUGGAUCAAAUCUGUGGAACCCUGCUCACCUCCUCUUCGACCACUCAAAAGCACUUGCUGGAUAUGAUCGGCCGUCUCCUGGUCGACAUUUCCACGAAACCUUUGGGAGCGGACAGCGGAGGAGUGUGCAUGUCGGCCGUCAUUCUUCCGUACGUUCAGAAGUGGAUCCGAAGGCCCGACGUGGACGAAGUGAAGAUUCUGAAACAAGUGAUCGGAGCGUGCACGCAGACCGUCGUUGAUAUGAUUGAAAAUGAGCAAAGUGAGUGGAGUGCCACACGGUACUUAGAGCACAUUCUAUUCAGUGUCCGCAUGGCAAGACCGCCUGCUCCGAGACAUUUGUGCUCUCAUCGUUGAGUGCGUGCUCUUCGACAAGACGUGCGCCGUCGCUCCCGCCUAUUUCACUCUCAUCGCCAACAAUUCGUCUCGCUUCUCCACUCAACAGUGGACUAUUUUCAGCCAUUUCCUCGCCACCGCCUCGUCAGUUCCCUUCCCCAAACUCCCUCGGAAAUUCGUGUUUUCAGAUCGCAAAGUCUCCGUCACAUCCGUCUUCUCAACUCGUUUUUCGUACGAACUUCGACUGACGAGAACGGGGACAUCGGAGACGUUACUUCUUUCAAUCCUGGCAAAAUGUCCUUCCAACAACUCGUCGCAGCCCUUCAGGUCUUCUCAUCGCAAAGAGAAAAGGCUGUGAGCCAGGAGGAAGAGGACCUAAGUUCUGGAGUCGCCCUCAUCAUGCUUUCGCACGGAGCAGACACUCAUCGGUAUUGAUACUCUUAUUCGAAUCCCUCAAAGUUCAAUCCUUCUUUUUCAGACUGGAAGUGUGCUCCAUCGUCUCCACUCUUUUCACGCACUGUCUUCUACUUCAACUCGUCGCCUCUCUCCUCAUUUCCGAAGAGGAUCUCAAAUUGAAAUCUUCGCUCAUCGGCUCCACCGUCCCAAUCGAUCCGAAACUGGAUGACUCCAUUUACCCGAUACUUUAUGGAAUCCUCAAUGAGUCUUCUGAAGUGAGAAGAAUUCUCAAUUCAAAUUAGAUAGUUUCCCAUUUCAGACAAGCACAGACUUUGACACUCGUCCAGCGGUCGGAAGCCUGCUCUCCCGAAUGCUCCGGAUAGAGCACGCGAACCUGCUCAAAAUGCUCGUGAGCUCGAAUCUCAUCAAAUCGAUUAGUUUAUUGAGGAGAUUUGAGAAGACAAAGUGAGCGACUCUCAAAUACUUUUAAAAGCAAACAUUUUCAGAAACCUUGAAGUACUAUUAGAAGUGGCAAAAUCGGUGAAAACCCGAAGCGUUGACCUGAAGAGUGUGGAAUUGGAAGUGAGCACGAGACGGAGUGCGUUGGUGGGAAGAGAGCACGCGAUUACGGUAGAAUGUUACUGCAGAGCUACUGUAGACUCGAAUAAGGUUUCCAGCAAUUCCACCUGGUUCCAGUGGAGAACGACGAGGACAAUGCCUAUCGAUUAGUGUCCCAGGCGUUUGUGGACGACGCUUUGAGUGGUAAAGGCAUCCAACUAUGCUCUUAAUACUAAACAAAUGUUCAGAAUACGACAAGCAUCGUGACCGACUGAAGCCGUUCAUUCCCGAUCGUCGGAAUCCUUUCCAGCACGCCAUCGAUGAUUCGGACGCUUGUUCCGAGAGAGACUCUGAGAAGGAGGACUUCGACGAGAUCCGACUCGCCGCGCAUCGGGACGUCUGCCUCAUUCCUCUCCGCCACGUGGCCGACAACUUGCUCCGCGAGCACCUUUCCGACUUCUUGCCCGCAGUUUCCCAAGUCGUUUUGGCAUCUCCAGACCUGGCGAUCAGGCAGUUAUCUGUAGAUUUCAUGGCUAGAUUGGCCUAG